AUGGGCGAAAUAGCUGAAGUCCCCAAACAGGCGAAGGCCAUUGUCUAUGAUAACCCGGGAACCAUUUCAACGAAGGUCGUGACUGUGGAUGUGCCCGAGCCUGGUCCUGGAGAAGUCUUGAUUAAUCUGACUCACUCUGGCGUUUGUCACUCAGAUUAUGGCAUCAUGACUAAUAGGUGGAAAAACCUCCCGGCUCCAACAGCAGCUGGUCAAGUUGGUGGCCAUGAGGGUGUUGGAAAGGUCGUCAAACUCGGUCCGGGUACAGAAAGCUCGGGAGUAGAGCUAGGAGCUCGCGUGGGCGUCAAAUGGCUGCAAUAUGCUUGCGGCAACUGUGAACCUUGUGGCGCGGGUGUAGAUGCCUGCUGUGUGAAAUCGAAAGUUUCUGGAUACUACACUCCUGGCACAUUCCAGCAAUACGUUACGUCGCCAGCAAGCUAUGUGACUCCGAUUCCAGACUCACUUCCCUCCGACCUGGCUGCCCCUUUACUCUGCGCCGGGGUGACCGUUUAUUCAGCCCUUAAGCGCAGUCAAGCCAGGCCGGGAGAUUGGGUCAUUAUUUCAGGUGCCGGAGGUGGCCUAGGCCAUAUUGCAACCCAGCUAGGCAGCAGGGGCCUAGGACACCGUAUUAUCGGUAUCGACCACGGCAGCAAGAGAGAUAUCGUCCUUGAAUCUGGCGCGGAACACUUUAUCGACAUCACGCAGUUCACGGACAACGAGCCCAAAGGCGGCAAGUUGGCGGAACACGUCCAGUCCCUGACCGGUGGCCAUGGCGCCCAUGCCGUUAUUGUCUGUACAUCCUCGAACGCUGCGUAUGCGCAGGGGAUGUAUUUGCUCCGCAUGAACGGUGUGCUAGUCUGUGUUGGAAUACCAGAGAACGUGCCCCUCCCGAUUGGGUCGUCGUUCCCUGCGCACCUUAUCGGGAAACAGCUUUCCAUCGUAGGGUCUGCAGUGGGAACUAAGCGGGAGUCAAUUGAGACUAUGGAAUUCGGGGCGCGGGGGAUUAUCCAAGUGCAUUUCCGAACGGAGAAAAUGGAUGCACUAACGGACGUAUUCAAGGAAAUGGAAAGGGGGGAUCUUAAGGGGAGGGUGGUGCUUGACCUGUCUUAA